AUGGCAGCCCGAUCCCGGAACGAAGACGCUUUAGACCUCGUAGAAGCUGCUGAAGAAGAUGAGGUGCUGAAGCUGGAAGAAGAAGUUCAGCAAAUGGCUCAGAAGAUAUUCGAAUAUCGAGCCAUACUUCCCGAUCAGUUCAGCUCAACUCUCCGCUCUGUGCUCGCCUCAGGGAAACCCGUUUUAAUGACCCGUUUAGAUGAUGAAGGGACCGGGCCAGCAACCCCUGUGCUGCCCUGGCUGGAUUCAGAAGCCGGCGUCUGCCGAGGUCUUAGGAGGGAGAACACGGAAUUACCGGUCGCAGAGGAUAUGGAAGAAGAUGACAAAAUUCAACUCCUACAGCAAAAGAUCUCGAGUAAUACUGUUGUUCUGCCUGCCGUGUUGAACAGGAUGAAAGAGUAUAUGGCCAGAAUAGAUAAAUUAGAAUCGUCCGACUUAAUCAUCCACCCUGCUUUUAAAAGGAAAUCAACCGGUUGA